AUGGUAUCCUUGAACAUGGAAGAAAUGGGCAUUGGCCCACUUGUUGCUGCCAUGUCCCGCAGCAAACCAGACGAUAUAGUUAUCAUCUCUGAUGAUAUUUCAGUCACUUACAAAGAUCUCCAUCUCAUGGCACAAUCGCUGGGCCAUGCGUUGGUGGAAGCUGGGAUUGCCCAUCAAGAUAUCGUGGGCAUUCUGACUGAGCACGGAGUCAAUCAUAUUAUUUCCCAACUUGCCAUUGUUUACGCAGGAGGAACUUGCCUUCCUUUAGAAGCAACGCUUUCAGACGCAGAUAUUCAUGCGCGUCUUGCGUUUGCCAAGGCUAAAUACUUGGUUGUUGACGGCGUUAACAAACAUCGCCUUCAAUUUGGAGGCGUGACGAUCAAUGUGGAUAUUUCAAAGCAUUGCAACUCCAAUUCUUUCACGACAAGUCAUCCAGGCCAAGUCUUUUUACCAAAAGACACCCCCAAUGACUUUAGAUCCCAUGUCAUGUUCUCAUCGGGAACUACCGGAGUGCCGAAAGGAAUCCAGGUUCUUGGUCGUGGCAUCACAAGGUUGGCCCAUGACGAAAUCUGGGGACAGUCGACAGCCAGCGGGCAAAUAUUCGGUCAUAUUAACAGCAUUGGCUUUGAUGCCUCGCUCAUCGACAUAUGGGUUGCUUUGCUACAUGGUGCCACCAUUGUGGUGGUCGACCGGCGGGAGCUCCUGAGCCCAGGCGAAUUUGCGAAGACUUUGGCGAGAAGAGAUGUUACAACUCUGGUGAUUACGUCGAGCCUCUUUAGCAAGAUUGCAGGCUUCUGUCCAAAUGCCUUUUCUAAACUACACACGCUCAUGGUGUGCGGGGAGCUGCCCAGUGUCGAGGCAUGCAAACUCGUCUUCCGGGAGGGCGCGCCGAAGCAAUCGAUCAAUGCAUAUGGUCCAACUGAGUGUUCUAUCCUUUCUUUUUGUCAUGUUAUAACACAAGAAGAUAUUGAUAUGGGUCGCAUGCCCCUCGGAAAGCCCAUAUGUCAGACUGAAGCUUACGUCCUCGACGAAGAUGGAAAACUCGUCACCAGGCCGGGAUCUGGGGAGCUUUGGCUUGGUGGACCUGGUUUAUCCCCUGGCUAUCUCUUCAACGACGAGAAAACAUCAGAGUCUUUCGUUACCAUGGCCCAUCCUGACGAUCCAAAACUACACAUUCCCCUGUACCGUACAGGUGACAAGAUUGAUGUGUACGACGAUUAUAUGUGCUGGGCUGGUCGCAAGAAUCGGGAGGUCAAGCUCAACGGCCACCGCGUGCAAUUAGAGGUUGUUGAGAUGGAGCUUAUGCGAACAAAGCUGGUUCAGAAUGUCGUCGCUUUGAAGCAUACAAGUUCCAUCUCCAAUGCCAACCAUCUUGUUGCCUGCGUUGUAUAUGAGAAUGGACAGAGGAAUUUCGACGCACUUCUUGUUGAGGCAAAGAGGAGACUGCCCAAGUAUAUGAUUCCAGAACUCAUUGAAUUCGAACAGCUGCCAUUAAACAGCAGUGGAAAAAUUGCCCACAGAGAGAUGUCAGAGCUGUUGGAACAGAGGUUUCAAAGUCGUCACGCCUGUAUCUUAGCCGCCAACACGCCAGAUUUUGAAGGGCUCAGCGAGACAGAAAAGACAAUGAAGCAACUUUGGGCUCAAAUUCUCAUCGCACUUCCUACAGAGGCCAUCAAUAGAGAGAGCAACUUCUUUCUCCUUGGCGGGACUUCCCUUGGUGUCACGACAUUGCUGGGGCAUAUACAGAAGACUUUUGAUGUUGCUCUUCGGACUGAUCAAGUCUACGAGAAUCCAUUGUUCAAAGACCAGGUUUUGGCUAUUGAGCAAGCCCAAAACGGCCAAAAGUCGGGUUAUGUGAAAUCGGUGACCGCCAUUAUGGAGGAAGAUGCCAAGCUGUUCAGCGACAAGAUCGAAUUCCUGUCUAGCAAAGCUCCGCAACGCAAAGACAUACGCGAUGUGCUUUUUACCGGAGCAACCGGAUUUAUAGGGCCUUUUCUGGUGCAGGAAUUGUUGAAAGCACCUGAAAUCGGCAAGAUUCGCUGCCUCGUGCGAGCUACCACGGGCGAUCAAGCUUCAAGAAGGCUGUUGGACAACUUCAAGCGGUACGGCCAUUCCGUCACCGAGUCGAUCAAGUCUCGGAUUGAGGUUGUAGCUGGUGACUUUAGCCAGCCAAUGUUUGGUCUCGAGACGAGUGCCUACAAUCGCUUGGUCGAUCAGACGGAUGUCGUCUACCAUCUUGGAGCUCAUGUCGACUACACUCAGCCGUAUUCGAGCCACAUUGAGGCCAAUGUUAGAGGAACAUAUCACUUGCUCAAAUUCGCUAGUGACGGGCAUUUGAAGCCGUUGCACUACAUUUCCAGCGUUUCCGCCUUUGGUCCGACUGGAUUGACGAUGAAGGAUGGCUUGAUUCAAGAAGAUCAGUCGCUUGAGCCCUAUCUUGAGCCAGCUCUACAAUACGAGAAUGGCUACGGGCAGAGUCAAUGGGUGGCAGACGAGAUGGUAUCUCGCUUGAUGCGUCGAGGCUUCCCGGCAGCGAUUUAUCGUCUCGGCUUUAUACUGUGCAGCAGCGGCAAUGGGGUGGGAAAUCCAGACGACUUCAUGGGUCGACUUUUCUCAGAUUGCGCAAAGCUCGGCUCCUAUCCUCUACUGCUCAACCAACGAAAGGAAGUCAUGGCCGUAGAUCAUGUCGCAGCAAUCCUCAAGGCCAUAUCAACGUCGGAUCAGAACCUCGGUCAUGCGUACCACAUCACGCCGGACGCUGGGAAAUCGAUCGACAUGAAUGAACUUUUCGAAUUGACUGGGAAGCUCUGUGGGAUCAAGCUGAAGAGUGUUUCAUAUGCCGCUUGGAUAAAACAGCUCAAGACUGCUCAGACUAACACGCCUCUGAGGAUGUUUCCAUUGAUGCCGAUGCUAGAGGAAGAGGUGCGUGGCCACAAGACACGGUGGGAGCUGUAUGAGGGAAUGAAGCGAUUCAGCGUUGAUAACACGGUGCGUGCUCUUGGACGAGCUGGUGUAGAUGCGAGUAUUUUGACGUCUGUUACGCAUGAGGCGCUUGCAAGAUAUCUCGAGGAUUGCUUGGAGAUUGGCAAAGAGUAG